UUUGGGGAGAUGCCGCGCUCUGCUGCUGCCGCCGCCCUGGAGGCGCCCCUGCAGGAAUUCGCUGCCUGGCAGCACAGCAGCAGCAGCAGCAUCGGGAGGAGCUGCAGGCGGCGCGGCGGCGGGGGCGGCGAGCUGAGCGGGCUGCGCUGCCUCGUGGCCUGCUGCCUGCUCGCCGUGCUGCUCUUGGCGCUCCCGGUGGCGUUCCUCCUGGACAGAGCCUUCCGCCAAGCAGCGCCGCCGGCCGACCAGCAGGAGGCAGAACCUGGAAGAUCGGCCCAGUUCCAGAAGCAAACAGCUAUGCCUACUUCUAUGCCUGUUACAACCCCGCUUCCAGGAUCCAGGCCAAAGGCCUACCUGACAGCUGAUUCACCAGAAGUAGGACCCUGUGUGGGGAACCAGUUACCCAUCCUCAAGUGGCGAGAUUUGAGAAGGCUGGAAGACGGCAACCAGAUGCUUUACAAGAAUGGCUUUCUGGUGGUCCCGAAGGAUGGCGAGUACUUUAUCUACUCUCAGAUCACUUUCAGACGCCAACAACAGAAUGUGAAUUGCACCAAACACAACGUGACUGCCAUAAAAGGGGUUCUCUCCAAGCGCACAGGGAACUAUGUGAUGGAACUCAUGAGUGCCAGUAAUUCCAUUACCAUGGCGGAGUAUUCGAAGGAGUCAAUCUAUCUGGGGUCCAUUGUUCUACUAAGGGAAGGCGAUGAACUCAUGGUGAAUGUCAGUCACACCGAAUUCGUGUAUCCUAAAGAAAGUUUCUUUGGUGCUUUCUUCAUCUAGCUGCCGAUGUGCUCCCAGCUCAGCAGAUGGUGCUAGCAGGUUACGACUGGAGAAGGACCAAGGAAAGACAGCUCUUGCAUCCUUGAACUCAGCGCUGCUUGUCAGAUCUCACCAGCGUCCAACUUCAGAUGGAACCCCCGUUGGCUCCCUUGAGCACCCUCUCCUGAAUUCUGAUCCUCCUGUGCACAAAUGUCCGGUGGAAGUCACCAGUUGUUUAACCAUGUUCUUUGCCAAAGGGCUAGUGGGAACUGCGGAUUGAAUUCAAUAAACCAGCCAAAGGAACCCACCCGGGUUAAGCUAAGAAGCACAAGAACCGCCGGUGUAUUGUUGUGAAUGCUCAUACCAAGGACCACUGCCUAAGGCCUCCCCAUUACUUGCAGAUGAUACUGCUUUAUCUUCUGCAUUUAUCUGUUCUGCAAUUGCUUUCCUGGAGGGCAUAAAAGCCAAGAGGAUGCUUGUUGUUGGGUCUGUGGUUGGGUUAGGUUGCUUGGUUGGUUUUGUUGUGAAAUUAGACAAUGUCAUCUUCCUACAGCUGCAGUAUGUGUUUCCAGUGCUGGACUGUGGCCCGUUAUCUCACUGUUGCGUCACCCUGGGUAUAAAAUCUGGUAUGUUGGAAUGUUAUUUAGAACUGGGGAUGAUUAUGAUGCUUCUGUCAGUAAGCAACGGGUUUACGGGAAGGAUCUGUUUAGAUCUUUUUGAUGUUGCUGUGACCAAUUAUUUUUAUACAUAGUUCUUAAGAGUUGCUUCUUGUACUCUGACAGGGCGGCGGCUUCUGAUUCAGGUGAUUUUGCUCAUUUGUGUCAAGCUACUUUCUGUUCAUGGAAACUAUCAUAGAGAUUAUUAUUUUAAAUAAAUUAAAUACAAUAAUUUAUGUAUCUAUUCUG